GUAUCGUACCACACAACCAAUUUGCUUUCUUCUCUGCUUUUGGAUUCUUGUUUGCCUCGAUCGAGCCAUAUUUUAAUUGCUCGAUUUUGCGGAGGCAAAGAUGACUAUCCUCAUUGAGCAGCCUGAGAUUGGGUUACAAGUGGAGGAAAAGAAGAUUAUUUCUUCAGAGAACAAUGGAGAAAUGAAUGAUUUGGUAUUGGAUGGUGGGUUUGUGGUGCCCAAAGAGAUCUCAAAAAAUGAUGGAAUUGUGGCACAAGAAAUUACAGGAUCUAAUGAGGCUUUCAUUGCACUUGAAAUCAAUUCAUUUGGCCAGUCGUUCAGGGAUUAUAAUGCAGAAAGCGAAAGGCAGAAAUCUGUGGAGGAAUUCUACCGGUUGAACCACAUUAAUCAAACGCAUGAUUUCGUGAAGAGGAUGAGGGAGGAGUACAGCAAGUUGAAUCGAGUCGAAAUGAGCAUAUGGGAAUGUUGUGAGCUGCUCAAUGAUGUUGUGGAUGACAGUGAUCCGGACUUGGAUGAACCACAAAUUGAGCACUUGCUGCAAACUGCUGAAGCCAUUAGAAAAGACUAUCCCAAUGAAGAUUGGUUGCACUUGACUGCUCUUAUUCAUGAUCUCGGAAAAGUGCUUCUUCUUCCUAGCUUUGGACAGCUUCCUCAAUGGGCUGUCGUUGGAGACACACAUCCUCUCGGGUGCGCUUUCGAUGAAUCCAUUGUUCACCACAAGUAUUUCAAGGAAAAUCCAGAUUGCAACAAUCCUUCCUACAACACCAAAAAUGGGAUUUACUCAAAAGGAUGUGGACUAGACAAUGUCAUGAUCUCAUGGGGUCAUGAUGACUACAUGUACUUGGUGGCCAAGGAAAACGGAACAACUUUGCCUCAGGCAGGAUUGUUCAUCAUCCGGUAUCACUCAUUUUAUCCUUUACAUAGUGCAGAGGCAUAUACACACCUUAUGAACAAAGAGGACGAAGAGAAUCUAAAGUGGCUUCAAGUAUUCAACAAAUAUGACCUCUACAGCAAGAGCAAAGUUCGAGUUGAUGUCGAAAAAGUUAAGCCAUAUUAUUUGUCCCUCAUUGAGAAGUAUUUCCCAGCAAAGCUCAGAUGGUGAUCCGUUCAGGUUUUCGACACAAUUGAUAUAUUAAGGAGAAUUGCACCUUUCUGUUCUGCUUCAAGACUUCAUCUGUCCAGUGAUGUACAUAGUGUUUGGUUAAGAAAAGAGGCUGUUGAGUUGUAUUUCAUGUUUGGAACAUUUAACAAAUGUAUUCUUGUUGUGCUGCUGCACCAAAUUCAAACAUAAAUAAAGAAAAACGAA